AUGGCUGCCAGAUUGUCUCUGACAGAUUUGGAAAACACUCAGUUAGGAUAUGCUAACAAGGAAGAGUUUGAAGUACUGGUCAUUGAUACCUUAAUGGAUACAGAUUGGAGGAAUCCAAUUAUUAGUUAUCUCAAGGACCCUUCGAUAGAUACAAAAAGAAAAACCAAGUACAGGGCUUUAUCUUAUGUUUUGAUGGGGAAUGAAUUAUUCAAGAAAACCCCUGAGGGGAUCCUGUUGAAAUGUUUAGGAGAAAACGAGGUGUACUUAGCAUUAUCUAGUGUACAUAGUGGAGCCUUGAGAAUCCAAAGACAAGGAGAAAUUCCAUCUGACCUAUAUUGGGAAAUGAUGAUGAAUGAACUGGUUGAUUUGGACGAAGAAAGGUUACAUGCAUUAGAAGUAUUAAGAAGACAGAAGGAGAGGGUAGCAAGAGCAUACAAUAAGAGGGUCAAAGGUAAAACUUUCAUUAUGAAUGAUUUAGUUUGGAAAGUUAUAUUACCUAUGGAUCGAAAGAACAAAACAUUAGGAAAAUGGUCUCCACAUUGGGAAGGACAUUUUCGAAUUUUAAAAGCAUUUUCAAAUAAUGAAUACGAAAUAGAACAACUAGCAGAGGAUCGAAGAAUCCUAAAAGAAAACGGGAAAUACUUAAAGAAGUAUAAACCAUUUGUGCAUGAAGUUAAAAUCAUAACAACAUAG